GUUUUCUAAUUCAAAAAAUAAUUGCCAAAUAUUUUUGUAAAUAUUAAAUAUAUUUUUGUGGUUUAAAUGCCGGGAUAUGUGAGGGACCGGUUCCCCGACCUAUCGGCCGAAGAUCGGGAAGAUUACACGUGUGGUAUAUGUCAUGAGAUAUUUAACACUCCGGUUAGCACAACGUGUUGUCGGCAGACGUUUUGCGAGGACUGUAUCACUCAAUGGCUUCAGACUAACACUAUCUGUCCUUACGAUAGAAAACCAUUAACACCAGGUCAAGUGUCUCCAUCACCAAGAGCAAUGGCCAACACUUUGGGUCGUUUUAGGAUUCGGUGCGACUAUUGGGACAACGGGUGCCGCGAUGUGAUCAAACUCGAUGGCCUACUUCAACAUACAGGCAACUGUCGCUAUAAAUACGCACCAUGUCCGAAAUGUGAUGGCAUGCAGACACCGGGUCACGACUGUAUCGAAGUGUUGCGGACAGAAAUCGAGUCACUGAAAGUGGUGAAUAAUAUCUUAACAAAAGAUCAUGAUUAUAUGCAUUCCACUCAGUCUGACCGGCAGCUACUUGACGAAUGUAGACAACACCUGUCGGCACCGGUAGUGGAAAUGUUGACAAAACAUAACACACUAUUCGAUGUGUGUAAACAAGUUGUCUAUGACAUGGAGCUCGAGUUCGGCACCGAUUGGUAUUGUACGGCCAAAUGGAGCACCAAUGAUAAAUAUGACAGUUUCUAUACAUACGAACCAGGUUGUUAUAUGGAUUUUAGUUGGAAAGUAUUGAAGGCCCGACUCGAGCAUAAAAAAAUUGUCCGUAAAUUAGACAUAUAUAAGACAGAUAUGAAUGCAUCGAUGGUAUCGGUUGUGACGGACAUUGUGUUUAAGGCCAUCGAUAGUAAUGAUGAUAAAGAGUGGGCUUUUGUGAACACCAUUUCGGAACAAAUGGAGGGCAAAUAUCCGGACGGAAAGUGGCUGUGCUUUGCCUACCCUAAGCAUUUUGGUAGUAAAUGUGUGUACCACGAGAUUGGCAGAUAUAUUCUGUGUUACGUGGAUCAGCUGACCAUCAUCGUAUUUCAGGCCAUCAAAUAG